AUCCUUCACCUUCCAUUUGGGGGAGGGUGAGGAGAAAGGCACUCACCUACGCUUAGUGAAGAAGUCCUACCAGCGUGGGAGAGAAGUUUUAAGAAUGAAACAUCGAAUGUUUCACUUUUAUUUUUAAAUUUACUUUGGCACUUAAAAGACCUAAUUUCCAGAUUUCUGGGCAAUCUCGGCUGCAGACAUCUAAGCGUAACCUGAAUUUUUCUCUCACCCUUUUUUUCUCCUUCCCCUUCAUCUCUCCCGCACAUCUUUAUUUUACAUAUCAAGAGAAAGCAAAAAAAAGUCUCAGCAGAUAUUUUUCUUUUUCAAAGAUCACCUUUUCUCUUAUUUUCUGGAGAACAAAAAACGGUUUCGAAAGCGGGGAAAGAAAGAGCAAGCCGGCUGGCUGUAGCAUCAGCCGGUCAGCCCAGGUGGAAAACAAGAGUGAAAGUGGGGCUUAGGGGGAGCGCACCGCCUCGUCCGCCAGCCGCAGGGCCACCAUCAGCGCGUGAGCCUUGGAUCCCUCAACGUACUGCGAGACGCCGGUGUAUAGCCCGGACCUUUGCCCCAACAUGAUCGCCGCCCAGGCCAAGCUGGUCUACCAGCUCAAUAAAUACUACACUGAGCGCUGCCAAGCGCGCAAGGCGGCCAUCGCCAAGACCAUCCGAGAGGUCUGUAAGGUGGUCUCGGACGUGCUAAAGGAAGUGGAGGUGCAGGAGCCUCGCUUCAUCAGCUCCUUGAGCGAGAUCGACGCCCGCUACGAGGGGCUGGAGGUCAUCUCGCCCACAGAAUUCGAGGUGGUGCUCUACCUAAACCAGAUGGGCGUCUUCAACUUCGUGGACGACGGCUCGCUGCCCGGCUGCGCGGUGCUCAAACUGAGCGAUGGGCGGAAGCGGAGCAUGUCUCUCUGGGUCGAGUUCAUCACAGCGUCCGGCUACCUCUCCGCGCGCAAGAUCCGCUCACGUUUCCAGACGCUGGUGGCUCAGGCGGUGGACAAGUGCAGCUAUCGGGAUGUGGUCAAGAUGAUCGCAGAUACCAGCGAGGUCAAGUUGCGCAUCAGGGAGCGCUACGUGGUGCAAAUCACUCCGGCGUUCAAGUGCACGGGUAUCUGGCCUCGCAGUGCGGCACAGUGGCCUAUGCCCCACAUCCCCUGGCCUGGCCCCAAUCGGGUGGCGGAGGUCAAGGCCGAAGGGUUCAACUUGCUCUCGAAGGAGUGCUACUCGCUGACCGGCAAGCAGAGCUCUGCGGAGAGCGACGCCUGGGUGCUACAGUUCGGGGAGGCUGAGAACCGCCUGCUAAUGGGCGGCUGCCGAAACAAGUGUCUCUCGGUGCUGAAGACGCUGCGGGACCGCCACCUGGAGCUGCCAGGCCAGCCGCUCAAUAACUACCACAUGAAGACGCUGCUACUGUACGAAUGCGAGAAACACCCGCGGGAAACGGACUGGGACGAGGCGUGCCUCGGCGAUCGGCUCAACGGCAUCCUGCUGCAGCUCAUCUCCUGCCUGCAGUGCCGCCGCUGCCCUCACUACUUUCUGCCCAACCUCGACCUUUUUCAGGGCAAGCCCCAUUCGGCCCUGGAGAGCGCUGCCAAGCAGACCUGGAGGUUGGCCAGGGAAAUUCUCACCAAUCCCAAAAGCCUGGACAAACUAUAGGGUGCUGGGGACUGCUUGAAAAGCGACACAAACGGGAAUGCUCUCAAAUACACAACACAACACAACAACUCAGCGACAGAGUGGAAACUCCGGACACAAACUUUUAUGUAAGCCACCUGAAACAGGAACCAGGCAGAAGACCUUCGUUAAUUAACAAGCAAACAAAAAGAGAGCAAACCAACCACCAACCAGAUUCUUGCACAAAAGUGAUCGUUUUCUUCCAAACAAUGUGAAAUUAAAAGGUCACACAAAAGAAGCAAUCGGGCUUUGCCACCACAAAAUGAAACCCAAGGUACAUUUUCAAAUCAAUGUAUAGUAGUUUCUCCCUUUUUCCUUCUCUCCCUCUGUCCUUUCUCCCUCUCCUUCUCUCCUCCUCUCUUUCAUUUCAUUUUGGGUUGCCUGAAUGUUGUCACCAAGUGAAAAAAAGUAUUUAAUUAUAUGUAAAAUUUCUCUUUUAAAAAGUUUUGCUGAUGUUAAGUGUAUCUCAGUGCCAAUGUCAGACUGUGUCCCUCCCUCCCUCGCACCUCUACCCUCACCCUAAGCAGUCUUGUUGAAAACAGUAAUAAAAAUAUUA